CUGUUUCUUUAUUCUGUUUUUUAAUAUUUUAUUUUCAACCUUUUUAAUGAUUUUUGGCAACAAAGGCGUUGCUGAAAUUUGAGCUAUAACUUUUCCUCGUACGCUUCUUCUUCUUCAUCUUGUAUUACUAUGUAAUCUUGUUUCGAUUUUGUGUUUUUUUUUUUAAUUGCAUAUUUAAUUGGUAUGUCAAACUAGUCGUUGGCAACUGUAUAUCAAGCUCCUGAUCUCUUGUUGAAGUUCACCUAAUAUUCAGCAUCUUUUAUUUUUUUAGAUUAUCGCAUGGGAUUAAUUCAUCAAGAAAGGGUAUAAAGAACUUCCUGAAUCUGUGUUUUUUUUUUUUAAUUCCUCUUUUCUUUUAAUUUUCUGUGUGGUGCUUCUACUUUACUAUUGGAAGCAUGCCUGAGGUUUUUUUGGCAUUCAAAUGUGUGGUGAACCAUGAAAAGGCUGAAAGUUGUGAUGGGUUGAACUUAUUGACUUUUCUUCUAAAUAUGUGCCCUUUUUUUCCUUCUUUACCAAGGGAUUUCGAGUUUGUUUGAUAUAUUAUUUGUCUUUUCAAAUUAAUCUGUUAGUCUGUUAAACUUUUUCUGCAAAUAUGCUUACUGUUUAGCGACUUGGAAUAUGUAGGAUGUUCAUAUUUUUUUAUAUUAUUCGGGCAUGGAAAAUGUUGUUUUUCAUCCUGGAUUUUUUUUAUUCCCAAUCACACUGCUAAUGUAUCGUAUUUUAAGUAGCUUUUCAUUUAAUUUUUGAUCUUUGAAGUCACUUAAAAUGUGUUACAUCAUUUCGUGAGGCUGAGGAUGAUAAAAUAAAAGAUGAAGAGUAACAUUGCUGUUUGGGCAUUCAAGAUAUUCUAUUUGAGGGUAUAUGUUGUAAAAUUUGAUAGGAUGCGCACUCUGGUUCCCAAUUUUUUUUUUUUUUACUAUUUUGACAAGUAUAUGGACAUUAUUAUUCCAGACUCUGUUGUUGAUUUCGUUACCAGUCCUUUGGGUUCCUCUUAUAAUGAUUAUUCUCUUACUACAUGCUUUAAUUUUCUUAUUUAGAAUAUUUCUUUUGGAAAAGAAAUCCAAAUUUUUGAGCUUGCAUGAGAUGUGUUUUCUUUUUUUACAAGUUAAAAAUCCAAAAAAGAGAUUGAUUAUAAUUUCUCUUCUGGUUCACUUUUUUUUUACCUUAUUUCUAGCGGUCUCGGUGAUGGUUAUGUGGAUCUGUAUUUUUCUUUUUUUUUUAUUCCAGGUUUAGUUAGAUCUCAUCAUUUUUAGAGCUUGGCCUAAAAGAUCACGUCUAAAUACUGGAAACUUUCAUGAGCUCUAGUUUUCGAUUCCAGCUGAAGAUUUACUCAUGAAGAAGUUUUUCUUUUUCAAAUCAUCUGCAUCUUGCAAUGGAAACAACAAUGGGUUUCCUCCAGCAUCAACAGAUAAGCAAGUUUAUUGGGAGAAACCAUUGGAAAGUGGCGUGAGAAGUCAAAAUAAUGACAAAGCGGAGAAUAGUUUUAGGAGUCCUAGGCCAUUGUUUCCCAAAUCUCAAAAGCAAGCAUCUGAUUGCCAGAGCUCCAAUACCGGUUCAGAUCUUAGAAGGAGCCGCUCAUUGUCAUCAGCUGCCUUCGGUGAUGGGCCAGGACAAACUGAUUUUUCUUGCUUGAAUGAUCGAAAUAGAUCUCCUUCUAGUAAUACCAGCAGUGCUCUACAUCAGCAACGUGAUCAUUUAUCUCGUGGUCGGACUUUUACUCCUGAGAGGCAACACAAGACAAAACAAUUCGAAGAGCCAGCUUUUCAAAAUGUACACAGAUCAGAGAGGCCUGGUUCUUCUAGAACCUAUAAUGACUCGUCAUCUAUUAGCUCUAGUAAUAUUUCAGGUAAGAUUGUGGACCGCUACAUUGAUGGAGAGCAGCAGCAGGAAAGAAGCAGGACCAAUAACAGUUCUCAGAAAAAUUAUGCUGGACAUAAUGGGAGGCUUUCCCCACGGGUUCAUUAUGCAGCACCUACUUCACCAGCAGAUAGCAUCAAAGAAAAACCAAGGGCUUGUUCAUUUAGGGAAUUUAAAAGUUCCCGUCUUCGGUUCUCACAUAAAGAUUGGGCAGAAAAUGGAUUUGGGCAUGAAUCUCCAAGGAGACUUGCGAAGAAUGUUAUUGAGAGACUCUCCCAGUCUAAUGGUUUCCCCAAAACAGUUUCAAAGGAGUUUGAUGCUCCAAUUACGAUUGAGGAUAUUUAUGGUAGAUCCUUGGAUGGCUGCUUCAGUUCAAGCUCGGAUGUGGCUGUCCAAAAAAGUUCUCUUUUGGAUGAACUGCAUGAAACAGUUAACGAGUAUCACGUAGAGGAUAACUCAGGAUUCCAAAGAUGGAACCAAUUUCAUGGUGGAAUUAGUGAAGAUGUGAAUUCUGAUGAAAUCGAAGAUGACAUUGAUGCAGAACUACAAAGAAGAUCCAGAGAAGCAGAGGAGAGGGUCAUGCUUCUUUCUGGAGAACUUGAGCACGAAAGCUUUAUUCAAGAUGGUGAGUUUGAUGCAUCAAUGUUGAUUCAAACAAUUAGAAACCUAACAGAGCAGAGGAUAAACUUAGCACUUGAGGUUUCAAGCCUUUUACAGUCACAAAUGGCUGAGAGGGCUUCCGCAAGGGAAGAACUCAGAUGUGCAAAUGCAGAAUUGGAGUCUCAAACCCGAAGACUCGAGAAGGAGAAGAAUGAGUUGCAGUCCGGACUGGAAAAGGAGUUAGAUAGAAGGUCGAGUGACUGGUCAUUCAAGCUUGAGAAAUUUCAGUCAGAAGAGCAGAGGCUUCGUGAGCGAGUUAGAGAGCUUGCAGAGCAUAAUGUCUCACUUCAAAGGGAAGUUUCUUCUUUUAAUGAGAGAGAAAGAGAGAGCAGGAUCGCAGUGACAAAUUCCGAGCAGCAACUUAAGGACCUGAGUACAGAGGUGAAGGAAAUAAAAGAGGAAAACCAAGUUUUACAACAGAAGCUCUCUGAAUUUCAAGAGAAGUAUAGAGCAGCAGAAGAAGAUCGGGUCUUCAUCCAAAACAAUUUUAAAGAGAAGGAGAAAGAAUGCAAAGGGUUGCAUAGAUCUGUUACAAGAUUACUAAGGACUUGCUGUGAACAAGAGAAGACAAUUGAUGGCUUGCGAGAAGGCUUUAGCGAAAAACUUGGGGGGAAUCAACCGGUGGAGAAGUCUGAUAAGCAUGUGGCUAAAUUACAGACAGAACAAAUGAGGUUGACAGGGGUAGAACUUGCUUUGAGAAGGGAAUUAGAAUCUUGUAGGCUUGAAGUUGAUUCUCUUCGACAUGAGAAUAUGAACUUAUUAAACCGCUUAAAAGGUAAUGGGAAAGAAAGUAUUGCUUUAACUUUCAGGCUAGAUAAGGAGUUGUGGACCUGCAUCUGUUGCUUACAGAAUCAAGGGCUAUCAAUGCUAAAUGAGAGCACCCAUUUAUGUUCAAAGAUGUUGGAAUUCAUUAAAGGGAAAGCAGUCCAACAUCUACCAGAUGGUAAGCAGUGUGUGGAAGUUAUCAAGAAUGGUUUGGAUUCACAAUUCGUUAUUGAAACUGAGGUGAAAGUUCAGGGAUUUAAGCGGGGAACUGAGAACCUAGCAAGGAGUUUGCAGAUGAUGUCUACUUUGUUGCAUGAGAAGUCCAUUUCAUCUGCUUCUAAAUUACAGCCACAGUGUGUCGAUGCUGAUGGAUCAGUGACACCAAAUGAUCAAACUUCAGAGGAUGCUAUAAGAUCUGAGCUUAAAGCAGAAGCUUUGCUGACCAGUCUGUUAAGAGAGAAACUUUAUUCUAAAGAGCUGGAAGUUGAGCAGUUGCAAGCUGAACUAGCGACAGCAGUAAGAGGCAAUGAUAUGCUCAGGUUUGAAGUUCAAAAUGCAAUAGAUAACCUUUCCUUUGUCACUCACAAGUUGAAGGAUCUUGAACUUCAGAUGCUGAAGAAGGAUGAAAACAUAAACCAGCUUGAAAAUAACCUCGAAGAAUCUCUGAAGGAAUUAACGAUUAUGAGAGGGAUAUUACCGAAAGUUUCAGAGGAGAGAGAUUUGAUUUGGGAGGAAGUGAAGCAAUACAGCGAGAAGAACAUGCUAUUGAACUCUGAGGUUAGGGCAUUGAAGAAGAAGAUAGAGGCACUUGAUGAGGACGUACUUCUGAAGGAAGGUCAGAUCACAAUCCUGAAAGACGCCAUAGGGAAAAAACCUUUUGACCUUCUUGCCAGCCCUGACUCUUUGCAAGAUUUUCUGCUGGAAUGAUUGCGAAUUUGCGAGAAAGCUACGCUGGAUUUUUCUUUAAGGUGAAUAACCACACUGUUCAUAGUCCUAUACUUUGUGCUUUGAGGCUGCUCUUUUGUACCUUUUCUUUUCUUUUCCUUUUACUUUAGUGAAGGUUAUGAUAAUGAGUAAAAGAAACAUAUUGUGAUUCUUUUGUGAUUGGCCUGUUCACAUAAUUGUAUGUAGUUUGUUUUGGAGCUUAGCAAUACCAGAGGAAUGUCUUUGAAACUCUUUCUGAUGUAGCUUUUGAAUCCAAUGGAAUCUCUCUUGGAAAAA